CCUAACCGGAAUUUAUUCUCUCACCUACAUCCCCUUGUCCUUUCUGGAGUUGCAUCAUGGCACCGCACAUUUCCGCACUCUCGCAAACGCUCGAAUCGCUCACUUGGAGCAAGAUUCGCGAGCUGGAGAAACAGCGCUCAUUAUACGAAGACCGCAAAGCCGCUAUUUUGGCUGAGGCAGAGAGGCAGCCUGACCUCGCCGCGCGGGUGAGUGUAAUUCUCAGAGGCACUCAAGCGAUCCACCCUACUGCGUCCAAGGACGAAACUGUCCGCAGUAUCGAUCGCUGGCUCGAUCAGCACCGGUUUGAUCCGUCAAUUACAGAUGGCAUGCUCCGACAGUACGAGGACGAGCUUCGCUCGCAGCUGGAUGCCCAUAGUCGGAAGUUGAGUCUUGCGGAUCUGUAUUCGCGACUGCUGACCGAGUGGACGAAUACUGGGGACGUCCAAGGUAGUGAUGGAGAUAUCACCGAGGAGGAUUACGCUGUGGUUGAUGAACGGCAGAAGCAGCGGUUGCAGCAGCUGUGCGACCAAUUUGAAGAAACCGUAUUCACCCCGCUGGAGACCAACGCCGAAGAGAUCUACGCGUUCCUGAACGAGCUUUUUCCCGGCGAUGAGGAGAGGAAGCAAUUGAAUGAACUAAGAGAGAAGAUAGCAGAUGAAAGCCAGGAAAUGUUCGAGGAAGACGCUCCGUUUGACAAGAAAGCUCUAACGGCAACAAUUAAGGGCCUUUUGACGGAGGAUAUCCUGAGCGAUGCCAAGCAGGAUGUUCUGAAGGGUUUUCUCAAAAACGAAGUCGCCCUUACAGAGAUAGCGGACGUUCUCAACAUGCGAUGGGCCGACUUGGAGAACUGGGAUUGGUUUGCGGGCGAAGAGGGAAUCCCGGUUCUGCCGCGACAGCAGCUGAAUGGGAAGUAUCGCAUCUGGAUGGACGAGGAUGUCUUACAGCUUAUCUUCGUGCAGUACAUCGGUACUCGGCUGUGUAAUAUGCUCAAGAACAAACUGAAAGAGUUCAUUUUGUCCAACAGCGUUUGGAAUUGGAAGGUUGGUCCGGUUCUGACCGAACACGACAAGGAGCGCCAGAAGUACUAUUUCGAAAGCCCUCGAACAUACGGGACCGCUUUUCAACAUGGACCGGAAAAGUCCAGAAAGAAAGACUACCUUGAGAGGUACUUUCUGUGCCAGAUGCCUCUUGAGUUGACAACGCUAGCGGACGGAGGGGCACCAUAUGAUGACGACAACUCUGAUGAAGACGACAAUAGUGAUGAAGGGAGCGAGAAUGGUUGGAAUUCUUCUCACCAUGAUUCGUCGGCAACAGCGGACCGAAAUAUCAAGCAGCAACUACUGCGAAAAGUUGCAACCGAGACCCUCAUUCAAAGAUACGUCUACGGCGAGGCUGCAGUGAUCCAGUCGGACCUCCGCUGGUAUGCGACUGGCCUGCCGCACAGUACUAUUUUCGCUGUGAUGAGAUAUGUCGGCUUUUCCGAGAAUUGGAUUCAUUUCUUCCGCAAGUACCUCGAAUCGCCCUUGAAUAUGGACAUGUCCUUUGAGGGACGCAUGCCGACGGGCCCGCGAACUCGCAGGCGCGGAGUCCCCAUGGCGCACUCGUCUGAGAAGCUACUAGGGGAGCUGGUUCUGUUCUUCAUGGACCUAACAGUAAACCGAACAACUGGCUUGCUUCUGUAUCGGCUCCAUGACGACUUGUGGCUGUGCGGAGAGCCUAGCAAGUGUGCGCAGUCAUGGGAGGCAAUACGCCGAUUCGCAAAUGUAACGGGCCUGGAAUUCAACAAGAACAAAACUGGUUCAGUAUACCUUUCAAACUCUGUUGAUCCAGCGGUUCAGAGCCGACUACCAGGGGGACCCGUCACAUUCGGCUUCCUCAAGCUUGACUCAUCGGGUGUCUGGGUGAUUGACCAAGGACAAGUGGACGCCCAUGUCAAGCAACUGAAAGCCCAACUAGACAAGUGUGAGAGUGUGAUGGCAUGGAUCCGCACCUGGAACAGCUGCAUUGGCCGGUUCUUCAAGAACACAUUUGGUCAGCCUGCUACCUGCUUCGGCCAGGGCCAUGUGGACAUGAUCUUGUCCACAUACAGAGCAAUGCAGAAAACCCUGUUCGGGGAGAGCACCGCUACAGUCACCCAACACCUACGCCAAAUGAUUCAGGCUCGCUUUGGCGUUUCCGACAUCCCAGACGCAUUCUUCUACUAUCCGGAAGAACUUGGAGGGCUCGGGCUCCGUAAUCCUUCGAUCUCACCCUUCCUGGUCCGAAAUUCCUUACAGACUUCACCCCAACAGCACAUUGACAACUUCUUCUCCGAAGAAAGGAAGCUCUACGACAGAUUGAAGAAAGCAUUCGACGAGACCCCACAAAAAGCUCGUAUGACUCACUUCGCUCAGGCUAAUGACGGCAUGGAGCGCCGCUUCGUUUCUCGCGCCGAGCGAGAUACAUUCAUGUCCUUUGAGGAACUUACUCGCUUCCGUUGGUCGCAGAGCACUAUUUUUCGAACAUUAUAUCAGCGCCUCCAGGACGUACCAAAGCCCGAAAACAUAAUCCUUAUCUCGAAAGUUUCGCAAGCGCUCUAUUCGGCAUUGGGAAUGGUUAAGGUCCGGAUGAUGGACCAGGAGAAGAGGUGGGUAUUGCAGAUGUAUGCACCUGAGGUACUAAGAGAUUAUGGAGGUAUGGCACUAGUUGAUAAGAAAUACUUGCCCGUUGGGGUCAUGGCUAUGGUUAAGGAGAGAAGGGUUAAGUGGCAGAUGGUGCUCUAG